AGUCUUGCGGUCCGCCUCAACCAACGGUAACACCUUCAGAAUGCCGUCUACAAACAACAAGGACAAGCCGUGGGAUACGGACGAUAUUGACAAGUGGAAGAUCGAAGAGUUUAAACCAGAAGACAACGCCGGUGGUAGUUUCGCCGAAGAAUCAUCAUUUGCUACGCUCUUCCCCAAGUAUCGCGAGGUUUACCUGAAAGAAGCAUGGCCGGUUGUAACGAGGGCGCUGGAGAAGCAUGGGAUCGCUUGCACAUUGGAUUUGGUCGAGGGUAGCAUGACAGUCAAGACCACGCGGAAGACUUACGACCCGGCUGCGAUUCUCAAAGCUCGUGAUUUGAUCAAGUUGUUAUCGCGAAGUGUUCCUGUACAACAGGCUCUGAAAAUUCUCGAAGACGGUGUCGCAUGCGAUAUCAUUAAGAUCAGAAAUCAAGUCCGCAACAAAGAACGUUUCGUCAAGCGUCGCCAGCGUAUCCUUGGUCCGCAAGGCUCAACUCUCAAGGCUCUCGAGCUUUUAACAGGAACCUACAUUCUUGUGCAAGGAAACACCGUCUCCGCCAUGGGACCGUACAAAGGUCUGAAGGAAGUCCGAAGAAUUGUUGACGAUUGCAUGGCGAACAUCCACCCCAUUUACCACAUCAAAGAGCUCAUGAUCAAGCGCGAACUCGCCAAGGACCCCACCCUAGCCCAUGAAUCAUGGGACAGAUUCUUGCCUAACUUCAAGAAGCGCACACUGUCCAAGCGCCGCACGCCAUUCAAGGUCACCGACAAGUCGAAGAAGGUCUACACCCCCUUCCCACCGGCGCCGGAGAAGAGCAAGGUGGAUCUGCAGAUCGAGUCUGGAGAGUACUUUUUGUCCAAGGAGGCCAAGGAACGUGCGCAGAAGGAAGAGGUUAUGGAGAGGCAGCGGAUAAAGCGCGAGGAAAAGAUGAAGGAGCGGGAGAAGGCGUUUGUGGCGCCGGAGGAGCUGGAAGAGACGGAGAAGGCCAAGAAGGAAAAGAAAGAGAAAAAGAAGAAGCGGAAGAGGGACUCGGAGGUCGAGCCGGCAGUCGAUGGAUCCGAAAAGAAAGAAAAGAAAAAGAAGAAGAGCAAGUCAAAGGCAGAGUCGGACGACGAAUGA